ACAAAGCAUCCAACAUAAUAAAAAUUACACCGAAGUAUGUGGACCACCAAACGACAACUACCAUCACCAAAACGAGCUGUCGACACGUCGCUGUUACCGCUUCCCUAUCGGAACCGGCAUCGGAGCCGGCCUGACCGUGUCGAUAUAUAAGAACGUUGUACUUCAAUGUUGUUGGAAUUUACUGUUUUUAUGAAAAUUAAGUUGAUGCAAAAAAGAGGGGGGAAAUAUGGAGGCCCCAUAUAUAUCGCAAUUUUCUGUUUACACAUAACCUCCACCGCCAUAAAGAAAUUAUGGAGUGCUCUCCAACUAUGUUUUGGAGGCUGCAAAUCCGACGAUUCUGCGAGUGUUACUCUGACAUCGCCAUCGUCUUGUCGCUGCCGCACCACCGGUCGAGCCGUCCGCCCCUUUUCCCCGCCCCUCCCUCUGCUACUCGACCUAGUCCCCGCUCGGCUUCCAGUCCAGGGCGCCAUUCCAAGCUACUGCUAGUUUACUAGUUCGAAGCUGCUGGUGUUCAAGUCAGAUCUCAGACAGCACACGGAGAGAAAGGGCGAGAUGCCGUCCGCAGGCAUAGUUGCAGCUUCAAUCCUGGCGACCAUGAAACUGCUGUUCAAGAUGGACAGCGUCACUCAUGUGGCAAGCGUGGAGCUGUGGGUGUUGAUGACAACGCUGCUGCUUGUGGUGAGGUUCCUGCUGGACUGCUUCGGGCCGUGGCACACGGACAGGGCCAUGUCGACCACCAUCCAAGUCAUCGAGAUGCUCAACUACUCCAUGGUGCACUACACCAUGGGCCUGAUGCAGCUCUCGGCCAAGAGGGUCAACGACUACUUUCAGGUAUGGGCGGUGCUGCUGGUAACCCUGCAGCACAGCGUCAAGACUGGGCGCCUGUACCAGAGGUCCAAGCAGAUCCCAUUGCUCGACCUCAUGUCCUCUUUCUGGGCAGCCAAUCUCCUCCGAAUGCAGACAUUCUUCCUCCUCAGGAUUCCCCUAUGGAUGAUCUGGGCCCUCAACGCGAUCCGCAUCAUCGCAUACUUUGCCUCAUCCGACGGGGCUCAGACCAUCAACCAAGAGAACACGAGGCUCGUUAGCGACUAUAUGCGAUACGAGCACACACUCGGUCCCUCUCCCUCUGGUGAUGCAACCGAUUCCAACAAUGGGAUCAGUAUGCAGUCGUACAAGUACUUGGUCUAUGGGGAAGACAAGGCGCUGCAUGACUCCCAACGGGGGAGGACAACUGCAUCAGCGCAGUACAGGAUUCGGUUGGAUACAGAUAAUAAGAAGCUUGUCACCUUAGACAAGAUAUGGAAUGUUGAUGCUGGCAGCAGUGGGUUGCUGGGCGGUAGCAAUGAUACUGGCAACCGAUUGAAGGAUGUCUGCCUCUCAUUUGGAAUGUACAAGCUGCUGCGCCGUCGGUUCUAUAAUCUCCCGAUACACGAGGCUAGCCUAAAGAAGACAAGGCAGCUCCUCUUCGGCUACAUCCUGCAAGAGAAGAGAGACAAUUAUGAGAAGGCGUUCCGCAUCAUGGAGGUGGAAUUGUCCUUCCUCCAAGACUUGUUCUAUAGCAAGCAUUCCGCUAUGUUUGCUGACGGAUUUCCAUACAGGAGAAUGCUCAUGUCUUUGUCUCUUGUUGCUGCUACCGGCUACCUUGUAUAUCCUGUCCGUCAUAUACCAGAGAGGAUGGAUCAAGCAGACAAAAAUAUCAUCACUCACGGGGUGAUUGUCACUCGCAUCAUAGUUGGUCUUAUCAUUGCCAAGGAGCUGUCAGAGGUCUAUCUAUAUGUAUUCUCUCAAUGGAACAAGGUUCUGAUGAUCUGUAUGUACGUCAAGCAUCGGUGCUGGCGGAACCUGAUAGUGGAGGCAGUAAUGCGAACGAUGUUCUGGUUCAUCAGGAGCAAGUGGGAUCAAAGGAUCUUCCAGUAUAACCUUCUGAUUUCUGAUUCGCAUCGUUGGAACAAAUUUCACAGAAUAUUCAAGUUGGCCAAAUUUCCCACAAGAAUGAAGCUGGAGUCAGAGGUAAAGACGGCGAUACUUGAGUCGUUCAAGGGCCUCCAGCAUCCAGAAAGAAAGUUGGAAACCUACUUAUUAAAUGCCUUCGGAUCAAACGAGGCCCUUAUGCAGCAGCUAAGAAGGGCAAAUGGGCCGGAGUCAAAUGAAUCCCUUAUGCAGCAGCUAACAGGGGCAAAUGAUACCCACAGCAUACUGGUCUGGCACAUCGCAACAUGCUUGUGCGAGAUACAUACCUCUGAUGAAGCGAAAAAACCGAAGGUUAGAUGGCUUCGGAACAGGGUCUUGGCCAAGAAAUCAACAACUCCAGAAGAUGUGUGGCCACAUUACUUAACUGCUGUCAGCUUAUCGAAUUAUUGUGCAUACCUGCUUACCAUAGCAUUGGUGCCGGACAACGGCAUUGUUGUUAGAAAGGUCUUGAAUGCGGUGCGUUGUGAAAUCUAUCAUGCUACUGGUCGCUCUGCAUCCCAGUCGAUGCAAAAUGUUUACAGCAAACUUAUCGAGAUUGCCACGAAGCCCUCUAAAGAGUCCAAGCAGGAGGUGCCCAGUGGGAUGGGUAAUGUAGUAGAACAAGUAGCCCCUGAAAGUUCAGUAAUCCAGGGAGAAGCACUCAGGGUCCAGAUGGCUAAUGAUGAAGAAAAUCCUGAUACAAUGGGAGGUGAUGCCACUAACAGUUCCAUACCAACUACAGAUAGGGACGAUACUAUUGUACGUAAUGAUGAUAUCCAUAAUUCGAUAACCCAGAUGGGUGCAAAGCUUGGGAAGCAGUUGAUAGAUGCUUAUGAAGAAGAUAGAGUAGGCCUUUGGAGGGAUCUAGCAGUGUUUUGGACAGGUUUCCUCCUACACUUGGCAGCAUCAACCAGAGCAGCCAAGCAUAAGACACGACUUGCUGGAAAUAGGGAGCUCAUAACACACCUGUGGAUUUUGCUGUCUCAUGCCGGGUUUCUCGGAAAUGUCAGGCACGGGCAAACAAUCUUAGACCCAGAAGACCUUGAUGACGUCGACCCGCUCAGGUGAUUAAUUUGAUGAACUCAAUCCUUGCACGGUGGCCUGCAGGCUGUUCGGACGAUCUGGCUGUUGUUUUUUCUGCAAAACGGCGGCAGUGGUUUUAGAUUCUCCUUUUACUGUAACAUGACCGACAAUUCAAAUGUAAGCAUCCUUGCAUCAUGCACAUGUUGUCCUGUCAAUUUGGCUGCUGUGUUUUCGCAGAGGAAACAUUAGCUUUCAGUGUAAUCGCACGGUUAUUUAAAUUGUAUCAUUUGAGAUUUGGUUUGGCUA